CUUUCUUUCUGUCUUUCGGCUGUCGUGUCGUGUCGUUGCACUUUACAAAUGUCGAUGUCGCGUGUGAUGAAUAACUUUACAAAUUGUAACUAAAUUAUUAUAGAAAAGCAAUGGGUGGACAAAAGUUUGAAUACGAUGAGAGUGGCUCGACAUUCUUUUACUUUGUUCUGUCCUUUCUUGCAUUAAUCUUGGUACCAGCAACAUUUUACUACUGGCCGCGAAAGAAAAAAGAAGAUCCAGCUAAACGAGCUGAACUAUGUCAAUGUCCACCAUGUGUGAAGAAACAACUAGUGUUAGAACAAUCACAGCCGUACAAGGGUCUGAAGAACUUCCUUGUGAAGUUAGCAAUAAUAUCAGGAUGGGUGUUAUUAGGAUUCUUAGCAUACAAAGUGUCACAGUUUGACUAUGAGAUGUCUAACUUUGACCCCUAUGAAAUCCUGGGCCUGCCGCCGGGCUCCACUCAGGCAGAGAUCAAGAAGUCCUACCGCAAGCAGUCCCUCAUACUGCAUCCUGACAAAGAGACUGGUGAUGAAAAAGCAUUUAUGAGGUUAACUAAGGCUUAUCAGGCACUUACAGAUGAUGAAGCAAGAAGAAACUGGGAGAAGUAUGGCAACCCAGAUGGACCCGGUGCCAUGAGCUUUGGGAUUGCUCUGCCAAGUUGGAUUGUUGAGAAAGAGAACAGUGUUUGGGUACUGGGUCUAUAUGGCUUGGUAUUCAUGGUUGCAUUACCCACUAUAGUUGGUAUGUGGUGGUACCGCUCUAUAAGAUAUUCCGGAGAGCAAGUCCUUCUGGACACAUCUCAGAUGUACUUCUACUUCUGUCACAAAACCCCCUCCAUGCCGCUGAAGAGAGCCCUUAUGAUACUUGCCGCAUCUUGUGAAUUUGACCGCAGACACAACUCGGAAAUUGUUGAGAGGAUCACAGAUAAUGAAGAAGUUCCUAUGCUGCUCCGAGAGCUGCCGAACCUGGGUGAAAAGAACAAGGAGCAGCCGCUCUGCCGUCCCUACAGCAUCAAGGCCCGUGCUCUACUCCACGCACACCUGUCCCGCAUGCGACUGCCGUCAGAGGCUCUUGAAGCCGACCGCCGCUACAUCGUGGCUAAGUGCCCCGAUCUGGUGCUCGAGAUGGUCAACUGUGUGAACCAGCUGAUUGCGUUGGCUUAUGCUAGAAGGAUUCCCCGCCUGCCGUCAAUAGAAACCAUAGAGAACUGCAUGAAGAUGUCGCCAAUGAUAGUUCAGGGUCUGUGGGAGUACAAGUCGCCCCUACUGCAGCUCCCAUACAUCACUGAAGACCACCUCAAGUACUCCGCCAAUCGCAAGAAACACGUGAAGUCCCUGCUACAGCUAGCUCAGUUGAGGAGCGAGGAGCGACGGCAAUUCCUUAAGUUCCUGAACGAUAAGCAAUACGAAGAUGUGAUGAAAGUUCUUGGGAACAUGCCUUACAUACAUUUCCAGAUUAAUACUGAAGUGAUCGACGACGAGAACUCGACGGUGGUGACAGCGGGCGCCAUCGUGACCGUCACCGUCACGCUGCAGCGGACCAACAUGAAGGAGCUGUUCGGAGACACCACCAUCAAGGAGACUGAGAUCAAGGAAGACAACGGCGAGGAAGACGGUGACAAAGUAGAAAACGGCAAGAACGAGAAGGAAAAGAAGGAGACAUUCAAGCGACCGGUCUGGAUGAAGCAGCAGAAGAAACAAGCGCCUUCUAAGAAGACCAAGAAGUCUGCAGCGGCCAAGCAGCAAGUGAAACUGGCGACCGCCGCCGCUGAGGAGAAGGAAAAAGAGAAGGAGAAGGAGAAAGAGAAGGAAAAGGAGAAAGAGAAAGAAAAGAAGACCAAAGACAAGGAGGUUAAGAAGAAGGAUGAUGAAGGUUCAGACUCGGAGGCCGGCUCCGACGACGAUUCCGCAUCCAACUCCGAAGCGUCUGAAGACGAGGAGCGGGACAAGUCCUCGGCUCAAGACGAUGAGGAUGAUGACCAGUGGGAGAAGUUCCAGAGGAAGAUACAGAAGAGAGAGAGACUCGAGGGCCGGUCGAAGAGCUCGCAUCCCGUGCACUGUCCUUACUUCCCUCUUGACAAGCAAGAGUACUGGUGGUGCUACAUCUGCGACCGCAAGUCGCGCACGCUGCUCACGGCGCCGGCGCACGUGACGGCGCUGCUGGGCUCGCUGGAGGUGCAGCUGCGGUUCACGGCGCCGCGCUGGCCCGGCCUCUACACGCUCGCCUGUUGCCUGCGCUCCGACUCGUACAUCGGCAUGGACCAGCAGCAGGAGCUGAAGCUGGACGUGCAGGAGGCGUGCGCCGUGCCCGCCGCGCACCCGCAGUGGGACCUCAGCGACUCGGACGACGCACACAACGACCAGGGAGACAACGAGAGCGAGUUCACCACGGACGACGAGGUGGAGGACGAAUAGUUACAAUAAUAUAUAAGUUAUUUUUAUAGAGUUUAUUAUUAUUGGGGUGUGUGCAGACUUGUUGUAUGAAUUGGAAGCGAAUGAAUAUAAUGUUUUUAUAACAUGCA